UUAACGAUUACUAUGAAAAUGAGUAAUACAUCUAGUAUAAUUGUAUUUUCACUGUCUGGCUUCAAUGCAACUGUCAACUACAGAGUCGCACUUUUCUCUCUCACUUUGUUAUGUUAUUGUGCCAUUUUGGUGAUAAAUGUGUGUCUCAUUUUAACCAUAAUCCUGGAUGAAAACCUACAUGAACCCAUGUAUAUUUGUUUGUGUAGCUUGUGCAUGAAUGGACUUUAUGGGACUGCAGGCUUUUAUCCUAAAUUUGCUUCUGAUCUUCUGUCUGACAUUCACGUAAUAUCGUAUGCAGGAUGCUUUUUGCAAGUCUAUGUCAUAUACUCCUAUGCAAUGGUUGACUACUCUGUUUUAGCUUUAAUGGCCUAUGACAGAUAUGUAGCCAUAUGUCGACCGCUGGAGUAUCACUCUGUCAUGUCUGUUCGAAGGACGGCUGUGUUAGUUGGUCUGUCCUGGCUUGUUCCUCUGUGCUGUGAAGUGAUGGUUGUGACUUUGACAUCUACACUGAAAUUAUGUGGCUCCCACAUUCAGAAAAUUUACUGUGAGAACUGGUCAAUUGUUAAACUUGCUUGUAGUACAGCAACAGCAAAUGACAUAGUUGGAUUAAUUGUUAUUUCCUUCUACAUAGGACAUGUCCUCUUCAUUAUAAGUUCAUAUAUACAGCUGAUAAAGUCAGCUUUAAAAUCCAGAGAGGGCAGAAGAAAGUUCACACAGACAUGUUUGCCACAUUUACUGUGUUUGCUUAAUGUCACAGUUGCUCUGCUCUUCGACCUGAUGUAUUCGAGAUAUGGAUCAGCAUCUGUGCCACAGAGUGUGAAGAACUUCAUGGCCAUACAGUUUCUCAUGAUCCCACCUCUGCUCAACCCUAUUAUUUAUGGGCUGAUUCUGACUAAAAUCCGAAGCAGAAUGAUAUCUUUGUACAUGAUGGCAGGUCAAAGGUUUAAAUUGAGACUCCAGGUUUGA